AUGACCGUGAAGAUUCUGACGGACGUUUUAGACUAUAAAUUGUCGAAGGCGGUUUUUGGGGGUGAGGUGGUGAGUUUUGAGUUCGUCGGGCAACAUAAUGUGUGGAAUGAGAGGGUUAAAGCGAUGAAGAAGCGCUCAGGGCGGCGAGGGGUGGAUCGAGAGGUGGCGAUUAGUUCCCGGGUUGUUCGGGACGCUCCCGAAAAAAUCAACUGGAAACUGUUUCUGGAUUUGUUUUUUUUGAAAGAGCCGUGUCGCGUCAAGGUUAUUUUUAGACAGAAACCGGGGUGUUUUAAUGUGUUUCACGUCUGUCAUUUUCUGUACACGAAGUUGGUGAUGUUUUUGGAGGAAAUUAAGGAUGACCCAGAGGAAAUUGGCGAGGUUUCAGUAGAAAUGCAGUCUGACGAUAGUAACAAGAAAUUAGUUCCUGAGGAAGAGGAAGACGACGAUGUUCCGUCCGACUUCUUCGACGACUUUGCGAACGAGGAUUUCUUAGACGGGUUGGAUAUUCUGGACGACAAGGUAGCUGAAGUUGCGAAAAUCACGAAACCCGAUUAUCACAAAGAGAACGAAUCCAACAACAAGAAAGUACUUAAGUUGAGUGACAAAGAACGGUCUUCGUCUGAGAACGAGUCUAAAGACAAAAAGAUGUUAAAAUCGGGCAAGCAACAUAAGGAACGGUCUUCAGUUAAAGAUGGGUGUGACGAUGAUAGAAUAUUGCAGCCUGGCCAUGCGCUCAGGGAACGACUGAGAUUACGAGACGAACGACGCGAACGUGCCAGGUCUCGAAUACGCUUGAAGUCAAAAAGUCGGUUUGAAUCUAGAGAUAGGUCUAAGAUAAGUUCGAAUAGUACAGUCCGGAAGUACAUCACGACCACGAGUCGGAUUGUUAUUAAAACUAGAGUGAGAAGUAGAACACCGUCACCGUGUCGUUCCAAACGGGAAAAGAGAAGUAGAAGUCGAGAGUGUCGUUCCAGAAGACUUCCACACAGGUUUACCACCAGAAAUAGAACUAGAUCUCCUUCACCGUACACUUCGAAACGACGAAAAAGAAGCAGAAGCCCCGAUUAUCGCUCCAGAAGGCGCAGUUUGAGCAGAGGUUCCAACAAAUCGCCAAUUAGAAGGGUCCUUCCACAGAACUCCUUGCUGGAAGAAAUCAAGAAAAAAAUCAACGAGGUUAAACCUCGUAUCGCUUUGCCAAGGGUACAACCAGUACCAAUGACUCGUGUUCCUCUGAUUCCUAACCCACCCCCACUUUACAACAAAAAUUUUCUUGUCGCUACUCCAGUUCCCUACCAGCAACGAGUACUAGCACCCAUACCGCUAAUUCCGCUUCCAGAAACUACGCCUUCAGCUGAAACAACCCAACGAGAUACAUCUGCGAAUCAUUCAGUUUUUGCCCAUCUCCAGAAAAAAGCUAAAGUACUUCGGCGCUGUCACGAUUUGACUCAAUUUCUGAACCACAAUCCGCGUCCGACUUGUUUGGCUAAGUCCUUGCCGAAAUUGUCUACGUCGCCGAGGUACCAGUCGCCGGUGAAGACAGCGCUGGAUCUGUCGUUCACGUUUACGUCACCGCCGGAGCAACCUGUCAAGGAUACCUACGCAGAGGCGCUCCACAAGGUUGUGGAACAAGCCGGAAUGGUGAAGGAAGUUGGUGUCAAGAGAGACAAAGUCGUGGAUAAAGUUACCGAAGUCCUGGAAACGCUGAAGAAGGCCUUGUCUGACGCAGUGCAGAAGGAAUGAAUUGUGCCAUAAAACUUAGUCAAUUCAAAUUUUUGAAAAUCUGUAAUUUUCUACGUACUUAGUUCUAUCCAACUAAAGACUUAUUUUGUUUUUUGUAAAUAGUUUGAUUCCUAUAUGAAUGUUAUAUUAUUUUUGUAUGCCGUAUUGUUAAUUCUAUUGAAAAUACAUUAUUAUUUUUA